AUGAGAGUAAGCGUACAGUUGCUACAAGAAGCAUCUUCCAGGAUCUGUCCUAUUACUUUGAAGCCCAAGAAGAAGUUUUGGCCUAUUAGAGAAAGCUAUGGAACACUUCGACAUAUUCAUUUCCCAGGGAUAACUUCGUUCCAACAUGGAUUAGAUAUCCAGCAAGCAUUAGUGAAUCACAACUUACACUUUAAAUCUACUGAAUUCAACAUCAGAAAAAUACAAAAGACGAGAGGUGAUACCUUAACGUAUAAGGAAACUCAGUUGAUUGACAAAAUCUUAGAUUUGAAACCAUUACCUACGAUAUUAACAUUCGAAUUUAAUAACGUGUACGCUGGAGGUUUACGUUCAAAAGAAGAGGUAAGUCCUGAGUUACGUGAACAAUACGAGAAAUCAGGAUGUGAAUUCCACCAGUUGGACCGAGGAGGACAAGUCACAUGGCAUGGUAAGGGACAACUCGUGGCAUACUCUGUCAUUGAUAUCAAGGCAUUCCAUAACUUAACGGCGAAAUGUUUUGUUACUAGUAUUCUUCUCGAAAGUGUGAAAAGAACCCUUUUGAAUAAUUUCGGAUUGAAAUCGGAAGUCAUAGAAAACCCUGGUGUUUGGACUUCUGCCGACGAUAAAAUUGCUAGUGUGGGUAUUAGAAUCAAGAGAGGGAUAUCUGAGUAUGGAAUUUCACUUAAUGUAAAUCCUGAUUUGAAGUUUAUGAACAGUUUUAUCAUGUGUGGACUCGACGGCAAACGUGCUACUUCAAUUAUGAAAGAACUAGGUGAAACCUCAGCAACAGUAGAACAGGUUGCAAACAUGUACGUUAAAGAGGUUGCAGAGUUGUUAAACAUGCCCAAAAUAGAAUACAUUCAAGCCAAUGAGUUAUAA